AAAUUCUGUGAUUUCAUUGGUUGUCGCUCCUGUCAGUUUUCAGUGUAGCCAGCACGGUUGCUGGUCGUGGCAGCACGACAGGCAGGCACGUAGAAAGUCUUUUCUUUUUGAAUAGGAAGAGCGUUUGUCAUUCAUUUUCAUACGGAUUGUUUGGAGUUUUAGUGUCAGCUUCGUAGCAUCGAACCUGUUUCUUGAUUUGCCUUCAGCCAUUUUUGUGUAGCAACGAAAACUUUUCCCGGUGUGCCUCAUUCACCUCUUGUUUUCACGUAACGUCUCAGGAGACCAGCAUGUCACCAUGGAUUAAGCAUAUUUGCCUUGUUCUUGUGGCUGCGUUCAUGUUGGUCAAGACAACAGAGUCAAAGAAAGAUGAAGCACUGUACUGUUCAGCCUGCAUGGCAAUUGCAGAUGAAAUUAACUAUUCCAUCAGUCAGACGGAUCCAAAAAAGAUGAUUCAUGUUGGUGGAUUCAGACUUAAACCUGAUGGAAGUCUCACAGACAAAAAGGUUCCUCUUGCUAGGUCUGAAACUUACUUAACUGAACUGCUGGAAGAAGUUUGCAAAAGCAUGAGUGAUUAUGCUCUGUACGAGAACCCAGACACCAAAGAAAAGAGCUACAAGAGGUUUGCACCAAGAGAUAAUGAUGGCGGGAAUUUUCCGGAUUUCAAAAAUUUUAAGUUUGAUGGACCAGAGAGUUCCAGUGCCUUGAAGUUUGCUUGUGAAAGCAUUGUGGAAGAGCUGGAAGAUGAUAUCAUCUCUCUCUUCGCCAGUGAUUCAGACCAUGUGGCAAAGACGUUGUGCAGUGAAGUAUCAGAUCACUGUAAGAGCUCCGUUUUCCAGCACAGUGAACUUUAGCUUCACCGUCGCAUCUGCUGGAGAAAACUCAAAAACCUGGACCAAAGUGGAGAUCUCAGACAUUUUCCUAAAAUAUGUUUUUGUUUUUGAAUUUAAUGAAAAAUUCUAGUAAUUAAAAUAAUAUAAGUUUAUCAAAUCGUAUUACAAAUGAACAUUUUACCUGUAUUGCCUUUAUAUGCACAGACAUGAAAACUGCUGAACAACAUUGGUGUUAAGUAGAUUUUUAUUCCUGUAAUUCAAUAAUUAUUUUUAAUCUCUGUUUAGUUUGAUUUGAAGUUGACGCAACAUCAACUGUGAUAUUACCAGUGUCAAUUGUGACUGUUUCACUCUGUGAUAAAAGUAAAUAAAAUCUUUCAAA